CUUAGUUAGGAAAUACCUACAUAAAAAUUUGGAUAGUUUUAUGAAUAUAGUUGGCAUUACUGUGCAAUUUUAACGUCUAAACAGAAUAGGUGGAGAUUACAAUUUUACAUUUAGUGAGAAAAGAAGAUUGUUAUUAACCUCAAAUUUCACUUGUUUGGAGUGUAGUUGUGGUUAUUUUUUGAUUUUGUUAAUUUUGCGUAUUUUGUUAUAAAUAAGUAAUUGUAGAAUGUAAUUUUAUAGACUGUCUUAAUAAUUUUUGUAUUGUGAGAAAUGAAAGGGAAAAGAAACAGAAGUGCCAAUUUUACAGACGAGGAGAAGGUGAAAUUGCUUGCUUUAUUGCAAAUACACAGUGACAUUUUAUGCAAAAAAACUGAUUUUACAUUUAAUAAAAAGAAAGAAACGGCUUGGAUGAAAUUGGUUCAAGAUUUUAAUUCAAAUAACAAUAUUAAGAGGAAUGUAAAUAACUUGAAACAAAUUUGGAACAAAAUGAAAUAUGAAGCCAAAACCUAUAAAAGCAAACUAAAAGUGGAUGUAAUGGGUACAGGGGGUGGGCCAAGCACCCUCAAAGAAAAUAGUAUUUUGGAAGAGGUGUUACUUUUGAUAGGAAGAGCAGUUGUCGAUAUAGAUGUAUGUCCUAUAGAACCAUUCUUUUGUGAAAAUGAAUUAACCGAGAUUAAACCGUUGGAAACUUGUAUUUCUCAGGAACCUCAAGUGCAAGUUGAAAGUGGUGAGACAAGUGCAACCUUUCAGGUGCCUCUUGUUCAACCUGCAAGCACCAGCAGACAAAUAACGCCUUCGAGAAGACCAGUUGUAAAAGCUUCCAUUAAAGAACAACUGAGCAAGGAAAAAGUACACUCUGAAAAAUUAAAACAAAAUAUUUUAACUCAAGAGUUAAAUAAUGGAGUCUUAAGGAGAUCAGAAGAAAGGGAGCUCUUUAAGUUAGCAAAAAGAAAAGCCGAGCAAAGUAUUCAUCUGCGAAGCAUUAUUUUGCAAAAAAUUGAAAAUAACGAAGAUGUAGAUCCUUCCUUAAUACAGGCAAUUUUUAAGGAUUAGAACUUGUUUUACUAGGUCACUUGGGUUAUUGGUUUUGUUGAUGACUGACUCAUUAUUCUUAUUGUAUAUUUCUUUUAUUGUAAUUGUUAAUAAGUCCAAACUGUAUAGUUUAAUUAAGUGUCAUAAAUCUUUAUUCAAAGUUUGGAUAUAUUAUCAAAUAGUGCUUUAUUCCCUAAUUAUAAUUUGAGUAAUUUAUUC